UUUAGUUCCUUACUUGAAGUAAGUUGCGGUCCCCAAAGUUGCUACCUUGUCGACAGGGCGCUUGGCUUUAUCGGCCCGACGCCGUGCCGGCGCGAUAGAUCGACGUCGGUCCGGUCGGCAGUGACGAUUGUUUACACGAUGGCGUCCGGCGGUGAAAACGCGACCGAGGAACGGACGGAAGCGUCCACGCCGGCUCAACCAGUCGCCAAUGCCGUAUCCGAGACGACCCACAAAGUAAUCGGGAUGGAUAAGGAUGGCGAUCUGUCUAACGUACCGGCGAAGAAACCUCGUGUCGAAGUACAAUCUCUUCCAACUAGGCAGUAUUUAGAUCAGACGGUAGUGCCGAUAUUGCUGCAAGCAUUGUCCUGUCUGGCCAAAGAGAGACCUGCCGAUCCCAUAAGUUAUCUCGCCGGUUAUUUGUUGAGACAUAAAAGUCAGUACGACAGCGGCGGCUCGCCACCGACUAGUCAAUGAAUGCUUCCAUGUGUUUCGUGCAUUCGUUUUAAGGAAAUUCAAGAACAGUUCUUCGUAAGAAUUCUCUUCCUCGAUUCUUUAAAUACAUAUUUAUGAUAAACACAUGUACUUUUGUAUUUUUGUAUCAAGUAAUAAUGUCAUUCCGUUGAUAGAAAAGUGGCACAUUUCAAAAUAAGAAAUUUUUUUAAUAAUAAGUUACAUCGGACUGACGAAAUUAAAACACAAGAAUACUAUAGAAGGCCUAUGUCAGUCAAGGGUUCUUGUGUGUGGUGCCAAAUAAUUUGAUUUUUACAAUUUCCAACUCAAACUGUGCGCUGCAUAUUUAUUGGACUUGAAACACAAUCAUGAAAUCGGAACAGUAAUAUUAAGAAGCAUAAUAUAAUAUUCUCCCUCCCCGAAGAAAUUGUAAAAUAUUUUAUUGCGAAAAAAUAAUACCUCAGCCAGGGUUCAAACCUGGUUCUCCCGAAUUCCGUGCGAAUGUCCUGCCACUUCAACCACCGAAGCAUGUAGAAAUUUUUUAGUAGAUCAAUUUUAAACUUUUGAACUGGAAGAACACGUUUUAAGUAGCAUAAUCAUUUUUUUCCAUAUUAUACUUUUAACUAUAAUGUAAUUUUUAAACUAUGUCAUGAGAGUUUUCAAAAUUUGAACAGUGCAACCCUAAUGUAAAUUUUAUUCCUGUCAAUUAUUGUGUAAAUUUCAUCUCUUAUUAGAAUUAUGACACUUCUCUAUAGAAACAUGCUUAUUUGACUGCAUAUGUGUAAUUUUUUCACAAAAAUAUGUUAGUCUUUGAGGUCAAUUUCCUUUCGUUCUAAAAAGUGCUAAUUUUUUAUUUGUGUCACUUUUCUAUCAACAGAACGAUGUGUUAAAUUUUUACUAUAGGGACGAAAGUGACCUCUAGCAUAAUAAUAUGAUAUUGUUCUGAGAAAUCUAAUGUUAAUUAAUAUCGAAUUAUAAAUUUAAUUAUUAAUAUUGAAAUUAUUUUAAAUAAAUAUUAUCGUUUUUUCUGUAUACAAAAGCAAUGUCGAAAUUGUCGUACGAAAUUAUGACGAUAAUUGCUUUCAAACCGAAAUUGUCUCCUAAUAUCUGUUAAAAAAUAAUCGGUCUACUUUUCUAUGCAAUCGUUUAAAUAAAAAAAAAUAAAAAUUAAAAUAAAAUGAAGAGA